CUGUUUGUUUAUCUGUGGAGGGGGUGGCCUCAGCACUGAGGGCCAAGCAAAUAUUUGCGGUUAUGGAUUAACUCGAGGUCCAGACUGUCAUGGCGGCAGGACGGCGACCUUGCAAUUUCUCCCUGGCCCACCCCAACAGGUGUCAGCAACUUCAGAAUGUGGCAACUCUCAAGCCUCUUCCUGUUGGUGACCAUCUGGGGAACUUCCGCCACACCAGCUCCUCCUGACUCUGAUGCCUUCCUUUCCUGGCCUUUGCAUCAGCCCCUCCGGCCUCUCUUCCUCACUUCCCUGACCUGGUCCUUCCAUCCCAGCUGUCCCCAACAGACACCUCUCAGAGCUCUGGAGACAGACUCAGUGUUCUCCAGCAGAGAGCUCUCCCACCGGGUGCUGCGGAUCCGCAAGCGAGCCAACACUUUCCUGGAGGAGCUCCGGGCCGGCAGCCUGGAGCGGGAGUGCGUGGAGGAGAUCUGUGACUUGGAGGAGGCCCAGGAGAUUUUCCAAAAUGUGGAUGACACACUGGCCUUCUGGGCCAAGUACAUCGACGAGGACCAGUGCGCGGCCCCACCCCCUGAUCACCCGUGCGACAGCCCGUGUUGCGGGCACGGCAAUUGCAUCGACGGCAUCAGCGCCUUCCGCUGUGACUGCGACCCGGGCUGGGAGGGCCGCUUCUGCCUAUACGGUGAGAGGGCCGGCCGCGGUAGGGGGCGGGGAGGGGGGACGGGGGUAUGGGCGAUCGGUCGGGCCCCGCGGGGCGGGGAGAGGGUGGGGGCGGGAAAAGGGAGGGGGCCCCCGCGGAGCGGGGGGGCCGGUCGCGCCGCGCCACCGUGCCCUCCCGGCGCCCCCUCCCUUAUCCGCGCAGAGGUGAGCUUCUCCAACUGCUCGCUGGACAACGGCGGCUGCGCGCACUACUGCCUGGAGGAGGAGGGCGGGCGCCGCUGCAGCUGCGCGCCGGGCUACAAGCUGGGGGACGACCACCUGCAGUGCGAGCCCACGGUGAAGUUCCCCUGUGGGAGGCCAGGGAGGCGAAUGGAGAAGAAGCGCAAGACUGUGAAACGUGACACAAGCCAAGCUGACCAAAUAGAUCCAAGGCUCGUCAAUGGGAAGCUAUCCGGAUGGGGGGAGAGCCCCUGGCAGGUGAUCCUGCUGGACUCAAAGAAGAAGCUGGCCUGCGGGGCGGUGCUCAUCCACACGUCCUGGGUGCUGACAGCGGCCCACUGCAUGGAAGACUCUAAGAAGCUCAUGGUCAGGCUCGGGGAGUAUGACCUGCGGCGCAGGGAGAAGUGGGAGUUGGACCUGGACAUCAAGGAGGUCCUCAUGCAUCCCAACUACAGCAGAAGCACCUCAGACAAUGACAUCGCACUGCUCCGCCUGGCCCAGCCCGCCAUCCUCUCACAGACCAUCGUGCCCAUCUGCCUCCCUGACAGUGGCCUUGCGGAGCGCGAGCUCACCCAGGCUGGCCAGGAGACAGUGGUGACUGGCUGGGGCCAUCGCAGCGAGGCCAAGAGAAACCGCACCUUCGUCCUCAACUUCAUCAAGGUCCCUGUGGUCCCUCAAAACGAGUGCAUCAAUGCCAUGCACAACAUGAUCUCUGAGAACAUGCUGUGCGCGGGCAUCCUUGGGGACUCACAGGAUGCCUGUGAGGGCGACAGUGGGGGGCCUAUGGUUGCAUCCUUCCGCGGCACCUCGUUCCUGGUGGGCUUGGUGAGCUGGGGUGAGGGCUGUGGGCGCCUCCACAAUUAUGGCGUUUACACUAAAGUCAGCCGCUACCUUGACUGGAUCCACAGCCACAUUAGAGCUGAGGAGGCCUCGCUUGAGGGCCAGGUGCCUUAGCUUCCCUCAGGCUUGUGUCUGGAGCCCAGAGGCCACUCGUGGAACGGGGUGGGUGGGGGGGCUGGAUGGCUGAAUGCAACAGUUGAGACAUUAAAGGGGACAUGUAACAAGCACACCAGCUAUAGUUCUGUCUCUCUUUGCAUCCCUUUUCUGGGCUGUUCUGAAGGAAGUAACAUUUGUGGAACAUCUACUGCAUGUCCCACACUUUAUGAACACAGUCUUUUUCAGCUCUGUGGGGUGGGGAAGAGCUGAGCCAAAUUUGGUGGGGUCUGAGGCUGAUAACAUUUGGGGGAGGAGCUCUAUGAAAAAGAAUAAAAAAUGUGACCAUAAAACUGUGGGAGCCCCUUCCAGGGCCUUGGAAGGAGACUGCACAAAGCAGAGAUCUAGAAGUCAGAGCUUUACAGUACACCCAACAAUGAAGGUAGAGGUUUUAAGCUCAUAUUACAGAGGGGAAAACAGAAGUUUAGGAGGGGUUACAUGGUGGAAUCAGGAUUCAGAUCUAGGCCUGACUCCCAACCCCCCUGUGCCCCUGUGUGUUCUCCACUGUUCUUGGAGGGCAGCUGUGUUGAGCACUUGCUGGGUAUGGAGGCCAUUAUCAGCCCAGUGGGGGAAGUAGCCAGAGAUUCAGAGGGUGUUGGUUCAGCUCAGAAUGAGCUCACAGCUGAGGAAGCUGUUUAAGAACAAUUUCGCAAAGGGGCGCCUGGGUGGCUCAGUUGGUUGAGUGUCUGGUUUUUUAUUUCAGUUCAGGUCAUGAUCCCGGGGUCGUGGGAUCCAUCCCUGUAUCAGUCUCUGCACUGAGUGUGAAGCCUGCUUAAGAUCCUCUCUCUCUCUCUCUCUCUCUCUCUCUCUCCCCCUCUGCCCCUCUACCCUACUUGUGUGCGUGCACUUUCUCUCCCUCAAAAAAAAAAAAUCACAUGAGCAUGAAUAGCAGUAAGUAGGCGGCUCUGUGUUGAGCCAGCCUUAUAGGCAUAACUGGAUGAGACAGAGAAAUAAGUAAGGAUGUACUUGAUAAAGAGGGACAGAGGUGAGACGAAGCUGAGACAAUUGGCCUAAAGUCAUACAACGAGUCUAACUCUUUGUGUAGCUGUGGCCAAGCUAUUCUCUUCUCUGGGCAUCAGUAAAAUAAAGGGAUUAAAUGACAACA